AUGUCAGGACAACAAUAUUUUGCUACAUAUGUCCAGGAUCUUGAACAAGAUCCCUUUGAUGUAACAGAUUUUGUUGAGAGAUUAGCAUGGAGAAUAAAUGGUAAUGCUGAUACUAUUGAUGUUGAAAAGUUGAAAACUAAAUUUGAAGAAGAAAUUGGAAGUUUACAAUUACUUUCAGAUCAAUUUCAAAAUAAAAUAACAGUUUUAGAUUCACAAUUAAAGACGUCCAGACAUAUUUAUCAACAGUCUCUUCAUGAAGCAAAUGAACAAAAUACUUUAAUUUUAGAUAAAUUAAAAAAACUUGAUAACACAAUGCAAGAAGUAUCUACAAAAAUAGUUCAUUUAGGUGAUCAAUUAGAAUCUGUUAAUGCUCCAAGAGCAAGAGCAUUAGAAGCUUUACAAUUAAUUAAACAUUUUGAUGAAUUUUUAGCUGACCAACCAUUGACAUCUGCAGUUUUUACGGAUCCAGAAAGAUUAAUGGAAUCAGCUGAAAUUAUAAAUAAACUUUAUUCUAUCUCUCAAGAAUUAGAUAAUAAAAAGUUUUCUAAAACUCAACAACGUAUUAGUAACAAGUAUGAUGAAAUACAGGAAAUGUUAAUUGAUGAAUUUAUGAAAACAUUUGAAAGGAAAGAAAAUUUUAAUAGAAAAGAGAUGCGUGAAAUUACGAAUGUUCUUUCUAAUUUUAACAGAUAUAAUGUUUUGAUUGAUAAAUUUGUUGAGAGAGUUGAAAACACAUCGUAUAGAGGUAACAAUGUUUUCAAUGAUAUUUUAGAAAUGUGUGAAAAGAAGGCUACUCUUAUUGAUGAAAUAUUUCCAAAUUCAGCUGCUGUAAUGUCAAAGUUAAUUUUAAAUGCUUAUCAAAGACGUCUUAACGAUGAAGUUCAAAUGAAGUUAGAACAUUUAAGACAGGAAGACAAUGAACAAUAUUUAUAUACAUUAAAUGACUUAUAUACAAGAACAUUAAAAUUAAAUGAAAAGUUACAAAAUUUUAAGUAUAAACAGGAUACCCAAUUUAUUUCAAUGAUUACUAGUUCUAUUUUUGACAAAUAUUUAAAAUUAUAUGAAAAAACAGAAGAAGGAUUUGUAACUGUUCAAUGUAAUGGUAUUUUGCAACGAUUUUAUUCAUCAAAAGGGCAUCAAAAACGAAAUCUUCAAACUGGUGGUUUACAAGAAUUAAAAAGAGACUUGGCUGCUAGACUUAGAACAGUUGAAAAUUUUGGAGAUGAAACAUUUUUGUCAGAAGAAGUUGCUAUUAAUAUAUUACAAGAAUUAAAAAAUGCCUUUUCUCGAUGUCAAAAACUUGCAUCUGCAUCCAAAAAAUCAGAACUUAUGAAAGUUUUAUAUGAAUUACUAGUUAAAUUUUUAUAUCAUGAACAUGUUUUAUAUGCUAUAGAACUUGCUUUAUCAGGAAUUCCAUCUUCUGAACCCCGAACAGAACCUUCUUCAAUAUUCUUUGCUGUUGUACAACAAAGUAGUGCAAUCACUCAUUUGUUUGUUAAACAAUUUGAUGAUUCAAUUAUUUCAUUCUUAGAUUUAAAAAACAUUAGAGAUGAAUGUAUCAAAGCAAAAGAUUCUACAUUACGAUUACUUGAAACUCGUAUAAAUGUUGGAAUUGAAAAACAAUUGAAUGCUAUCACAGGAUAUAUAAAAUAUACUUUAAAUAAUGAACAAAAAAAAACUGAUUUUAAACCAGAUGAUGAAGAUCAACAUGAUAACAUUAAUGUAACACUUGCUUGUGAAAAUAUAUGUAGAUAUUUAAAUAAUCAAUAUAAUAUUAUCAAAGAAAGUAUAGAUGGUGGAAAUUUAUCAACAAUUUUAAAAGAUUUAGGAAAUAGAGUUUAUCAGAUAAUUUUUAGUCAUAUUAAAAAUUAUAAUUAUUCUAUAAGUGGUGCAAUGUUACUAUUAUGUGACUUAAACGAAUAUAGAAAAACUUUGGGUAGUUGGAAAAUUAAUGAAGUUAACAAAAAAAUGGAAUCACUUCAUGCAUUAGCUAAUUUAUUGGUUGUAGUUCCAGAAAAUUUAGAACAAGCUUGUAAUUCUCCUUUAGUUUCAGAAUAUACUACUGACGUCAUAAAUUCAAUUAUUCUAUUAAGGCAUGACAGUAAAACUAUUGUUAAAUAUUUACACUUUUUGACUAAUUAA